ACCCAUACGCGCGCCUUUGUUAACUGCUGCAUGACUUACGAACAUUGUCCAAGGAAAGAUGAGGUUGAGUCUUAUCUUAGAGAGCAUAAGAUCAACGAUAUGUUUCAAAAUUUAACUUCUCUGUUGUUUUUUCACCGUCCAGAAAAUCCAAAACAAUUCUUAGCUGAACAACUUCAUUUGCUAAAAGCUGCACGUGAUGAAUACUCUGACCCACCGUCAUUAUUUACUGAAGCUAAUGCCGAAUCAAUAUUCAAUAUGCUUGAUCCGUGUGAAAAGAACGCCGUCACACUGGAUAGAUAUCAACAUGCCUUAGAAACACUUGGUAUUCAACAGUAUGAUAAAAAAAUCACCGAAGAUCCAGCUGAAUUGAUCAGUAAAGAUGUGUAUAUGAAAGAAGUUAAAACAGGUUUAAAACAAUUGGCGUCAACCUAUAAAGCUGUUGAACAUUGAAUCAAAAUAUUGGCGGGAGAUGUAUUCAAUAUUGAGUGCUCAAAACAUCACUACUACUAUUACUAAUAAUAAUAACAAAGUAUCAAUCAGUUGGAAGAUAAGAUCUCAAUUUUGUUUGAAAUGUAUACAUAUAUAUUCAAAUAACUGUACAAAUAUGCAAAGAAAAUGGAACUGAUUUUCAAUUGACUUUAUUAUAAUAUUUGAAAAUAAUUUUGUUUUUCUUUUCUCUUUUUGAAGUUUCCAUAGUAACGAGGUUGUUUAUUACUGGGUAUAAUUGCUAGCCUCAUAUACCCAACAUUCCCUCUUUCCUGAAAUUAGGAUCGGUUAGUUAACUAAACGGAGAUUAAUUUAUUCUUUAUUGUACAUUCAAAACUUUAAUAAAUAUUAGAGAAGAUUUGUGGCUCAGGUGGAUGAUUUGCAUUUAAUAGUGUUCGCUGGGCUGGUUGGUUUAGUUGUGGAGCUUUCGUCAUCCUUAUGGACA